AUGAAUGCAGGUCAGGCUUUGACUCGACCCUCGCUUGGAUUCGCAGCCCUUUCGUCCUGGAUCGUUUCAGACAGAGAUCAAGAACUCCUAUUAUUUCGAAAACUGAGAGCCUGGGAUAAGAAAGUUGAAGGUAGCAACGACACGGCAUUUGAGCAGGCUGCAGAAACAUGGGAAAUGACGAUCGAACAGGCCGAGGCAGGGAAGCCAGAAGCGAGGGAGAUCCUGGAGUUGAUGAAUCAACUUCGUAUCAAGAUUAAAGAAUAUCACGAAGCGCUAGAUCUACAGAGCAAGAUUUCUCAGCUCAACGGCCCCGACCCAAGGGCUCUUGAAGUGGCUCGAAACGAACUCCACGGAGGGCCUUUACGACGAGACAGGCAAAAGCCGAAUCCCAUACUAGGUGGGAGAGGGAAGGAUUACCUGGAUGAAGCGGAGGAUCUCGUUUCGCUCAAGACGCCAGCAGCUGUCGACCCAUUAUCAAAAUUACUCCGGGCCUACUGGCCAGGUCGAGAGGAACUAUCAAGGGACGGCCGGCGUCGAAUUAGCCGUUUUGAAGAACGAUCAAUCACGAUAGCAGUUGCCCUCGUCAAUGUUUUGCUCGCGAUGGUCUUGUUGGUCGGUUCGAUAAGUAGUCUCUACUACGUGAAGUCACCACCAGCAAUUCUUGGUACUAUAUGCGGGUUUACGAUACUAUUUGCGUUGAGCGUGGGUUUGAUCACAAACGCAAAACGAGUAGAGAUAUUUGCAGGCAGCGCAGCAUAUGCGGCUGUCUUGGUGGUUUUCGUCGGCAAUGGGGAUCAAUCGGGUUCAUACAUUGCCAAGCCUAACGUUAUUGAUCACGAAUUGCUAGUUGCAUUGAAAAUGUCAGACGGUUAUGCAAAGAUUCCUUCAGGUGCUCUGGUUCAGCCAACGCCUUUCCAAGUCUCCAUCGCGGACGACAAGGUCGAUGAGCUCAAGCAGCUUGUGAAGCUGGGAAGAAUCGCGCCGCCGACCUACGAAUCUACGCAGCAAGAACACAACUAUGGCGUCAGUCACCAGUGGCUAACUGAUGCGAAAGCUGCUUGGAUUGACUUUGACUGGCGCGCUGCGGAAAAGCAUAUCAAUUCCUUCAACCACUGGACUGUGCCCAUCGAGGACGAGAAGGGAGACUUCCAAAUCCACUUCACGGGUCUCUUCUCCUCUAAGCCCGACGCCGUCCCUGUGGUGAUGCUUCAUGGCUGGCCCGGUAGCUUUCUAGAGUUUCUAAAGAUCCUGUCCAUUUUCAAGGAGCGCUACACCCCGGAGACGCUACCUUACCAUGUCAUUGUACCGUCUCUCCCUGGUUAUGCCUUCUCGAGCAAGCCGCCGCUGGACAAGGACUUCGGUGUUCAGGAUGUCGCCCGCAUCGUGAACAGCCUCAUGGUUCAGUUGGGUUUUGGAAGUGGCUAUGUUGCCCAAGGAGGAGAUAUUGGAAGCAGGGUUUCUCGUGUGCUCGCGGCUAUGUAUGAAGAGUGUAAAGCCGCUCACAUCAACUUCUGCAUCAUGCCCGAGCCCUCGGACGCACAGGGAGAGAUCUCAGAUGCAGAAAAGAAAGGUCUCGAACGCGCGAAGGACUUUGAUAAACUGGGCUCUGCCUAUGCACUCAUGCACGCGACCAGACCAAGCACCAUCGGCCUCAUCCUAUCGUCAUCGCCUCUCGCGCUUCUCGCCUGGGUUGGCGAGAAGUUUCUCACCUGGAGUGACGAAGAUCCUCCGCUAGAGGAGAUUUUGACCUCGGUGACUCUAUACUGGCUGACAGACAGUUUCCCAACCUCAAUCUACCCGUACCGCCAGCGUUUCAACCCAGAGAACCCCGGUGCACAUGAUCACCCAAACUGGCAGAUCAGCAAGCCGCUGGGUUAUAGCUGGUUCCCGUUUGAGCUUGCUCCCAUUCCCGUAAGCUGGGUGAAGACUACAGGAAAUCUGGUGUUUUGGAGAGAUCAUGAGCGAGGAGGUCAUUUUGCUGCCCUGGAGAGGCCUGAAGAGUUGUUGAGGGACUUUGGAGAGUUUGUGGAGCAGAUCUUGAAGGAUGGGUCUUUGAAGAUCCAGUGAAUGAAUUUGUAGAUAGCGGCGCUUUAACUCGCCCGAAGCUAAGUUAAAAGGCCAUGAAUUAACGGAAGAAGUAUCAGUCAGCCUAGAAACGUGAGUAUAUCAUUUUCUUCUCUCUUUGUUGUAGUUAUGAGAAUUAUUGAGUUGUUCUUGAUCACUAGAGGGAUUGACCGACCUGCCUUCUACGACGAAUUUCUAGGGACAAGCCGUUGCACUUAGAACUUCCCAGACUUGAUCUUAAUAUUAAUAUUCUAGAUCUUUUAGUAAUUAAUAG